UCCGCGUUCUUGCGCACUCCGACGAUGUUUUUGGGGUCGGGUGCUGGAUGUGUGAAUGUUUACGCGUCGACAGCGUUCAGAAGAGAGGCAGUGCCGGCGAAAAACUGGAUUCCCGUAGCGAGGAAUAGUGUGUAUGGGACGAGCGAAGGAGGAUGUCUUUCCUUAAGUACGCCAAGAGGUUCUCCUCUACGACCCCCGUCAAGUAUACGCGCAACAUCUUCCUGAGGGCGGUGUGCGUCGUCUAUCUGUUCGCAUUCAUCUCGUUCUACGUGCAAAUACCAGGGCUCUACGGUGACAAUGGCGUCCUUCCGGCCAAAUCCGUCCUGGAGAAUAGCAAGCACAAGACCCUCUCGACGAAGGUCCACUAUCAACCCACGUUGCUCUGGUUGGCACCUUACUUGGGCCUAGAUACCAACUACGCUCUCGACGUUUUAGCCCUUCUCGGAGCAUUUUUGGCCUUCAGCGGUUUCGUGUCCUACAAGAUUUGCAGACUGCCGCUAUUUGGCGGCCUGUGGUCGCUCUACUUUUCCCUGUACCAGGUCGGUCAGGUCUUCGUAACAUCGCAAUGGGAUGACCUUCUGCUGGAGGUUGGCUUUCUGUGUUUGCUGAUUGCUCCGAUCCUGCGGGUAAGGAACAGCGGAGGAAAACAAUCGCCCAUCGACCCGGUCGUCUUUUGGUUGCCGCUGUGGUUGCUCUUCAGGUUCCUCUUCACCACCGGAGUCGUUAAACUCUUGAGCGGCGAUCCGAAAUGGUGGGAUCUUUCCGCGUUGGGUUACCAUUUCCAAGGGAUGGUUCUACCUACACCUCUGUCGUGGUACGCUCACCACCUUCCGGAGGUGGCCCUGAAGUACGCCAUGCUCUAUGCAAAUAUCUGCGAAAUCGCCUUUCCAUUCCUGUUCUUCGUGCCGAUCAGGAGCACCAGAUAUAUAGCUUUCGCGGCUCAGGGAGUUCUACAAUUUUUCAUCAUAAUAACCGGGAAUUUCAGUUUCCUGAACGCCCUCAUUCUGGCCUUGAUGAUUUCGCUCUUCGAUGAUUACUAUUUUAUCGGAGAGCCCAAAGGGAAGAAUUCGAAAGGUCUCACCGCCUUGUCCUUCGUCAUCUUCACGUGCACUCUCUUGGGUAUCACCACGUUAUGCACCUUCCCUGGUAAAGGAUAUAUUCCCACAUUCACAUUCAGCAAGGAAGAGUUCAAAAUGGCAAGUUUCUUCAUGGUCAAGGCCUCUUACUACAUUGGUUUCUUGACUUUAGCGAUACUCAUGUUGAAGUCUUUUGUCGCAUCAUUUCUUGAUGGCAAUUUUAUGUCGCGUAUCUUCCGUUGGAUAUGCGCCUUCUUGUACGCUGCUCUCGCCUUCCUGGUGUUCAGCGCCAGUUUGGUGCCCUUGUAUUCGCACCAUCCGACUACCAACAACACCCUCAGCGAGCAAGUUCGAACGGCUUUCAAAAGGUUGCACAAGAUCCACGCAAUCAACGCUUACGGCCAGGCAAAGAGUGUGACCGGAACCGACGGGAGACCCGAAAUAGUUUUGGAAGGUUCCAACCAUCUGGAGGGACCUUGGACCGAAUAUGAUUUCCUGUACAAACCAGGCAAUGUUAAUCAUUCGCUACCCUUCGUCGCUCCGCACUCCCCGAGAUUGGAUUGGCAGAUGUGGUCCGCGGCUCACAGCACCUACGAGAAGCAACCGUGGUUGCUGUCUUUGACGCACAGACUGUUGGAAGGAAGACCCGAAGUGUUAGCUCUGAUGGGCUCAUCACCUUUCGAAAAACCACCAAAGUACAUUAGGGCUACUUUGUACAAGUACAAAUUCUCCGAUUGGACUCAAAGGAAAACGCAAACGUGGUGGGUUCGAGAACGCGUCCGUGAAUACUUCCCGGCCUUCACCAAAGAUUCGCCCACUCUGGUGGAUUACCUAAGGGCCAGGAAUUUGAUGCCCACGGCAAGCAAACAACCUGUGAAUCCUCUGUGGAAGCAGGGAUUGGAUGCCAUCAGAAAGUCGACUGUCCAGCUGGAAGCGUCGCUUUUGAUCUGGGCAGCAUUCACGGCCGGUUGCGCCGUAAUCACCAUCAGAUAAGUUCCAAUAAUCGGAGACGAAGAAAUGCACUUACAUUUUUAAAACCAAGUCGGAUUUAGAAGAACGUACUACAACUACUACAAUUGAACCAGGCGAAGCGCACCCCUCGUUUGUGUGUUUGUACAAUAAACAUAGAUAUAGUGUUAAGGGAAGGAAUCUAGAUGUUGUUUUUCUUUCAUAAUCGAUCUUGAUAAUUAUUAUAUAUUCGAGACUCUACUCUGUAUUCUUCUUAGCGAGUACAGUUUUUCUAUCUAAAACCGAGUUUAUAUUUUUGUUGCACUUCUGUGAUUUGUUUAUUUCGUUUUG